AUGAGUGAAACAUUGGGAUCUGACAGUGUUUUCAGCUUCGGAAAGCAUAAAGGGCGGACUUUCAUGUACGUCUAUAACAACGAUGUGGGCUAUGUGAACUGGAUUCGGUCGCUGCCUGAUCCCUCUGGAAAAUUACUUGAAUUUCUGAAUUUUACAAAACAAUAUGAAAUGUGCAAAAGUCCGGAAAAUACUCCUAAAGAUUCCACGCAAAUUCAACAAGAAUCAACCAAAUGUGUUUCAACCAACUAUCUUUCAGGUCUUUUAUCGCCAAAUAUUGGAACUGUGACUUUGGAAUCCUCUUUUUCCUCUAGAAAACAAGAUAUUACACCUCUUAAAUCUUAUAAUACUACCAAUAAUAAUACUGUUAACAAGCUUGUUGCUAAUAAUAAUGUGAAUAAUUUGACUACUAAGUUGAGUGAUGAUAAGAACAGUUUGAAUGAUAAGUCAAGUGAUAUUUUGGAUGAAAUAAGAUUAGAUGAGAUAAGUAAGAAGAGAAAAAUAAUGGAAAAUCCUACACCGAAUGAUGUUACAUUUAGUAGAGAUAAGGACUUUGAGUCUGAAAAGUCCUUGCUAUCACCCUCACUCAAAUAUAUGCUUGACAUUCUGACAGCAGAACAAAAGAAAACCAUUGACAGUAAUACCGAUGGUGAUGAUAAUAUUAACACAGAUAACGGUAUUGAGAUUGACGGAUUGCUGGCUUUGGUUUUGUAUUCUGAGGAUGAGUUCUAUUUAUCCUAUAGUAGAAACAAGAGCCAAUUUGGCUUUUGGUCUUGUUACAUUCCAAAUGAAGUAAGUGAAAUAAUAUCUAAAAUGGGUUUAACAUCGAAUGUGCGUAAUCUAGGGAAGGAAAGAUGUAUUACGUAUAAAGCCUCUGAUUAUAAUACUGUUUUAAAAGGUUUACGCUCUGCACUGAAGGAUAAAAAUGCAGUUGAACCUAUUCCGAACUUUGUGCUAAGGGUAUUCCCCAGUUUUAUACCAUUUUCCCGUGAUUUUAACCUUGAAGAGAAGACUAGGCAGAUACUGUCCGGACGGCAGGAUGACUACACUAGGGAGAAUAUGGUGAAUUUGAGCAAGUUGAUUGGUGACGAGUUAUGGAGUCAGUUAAUGCCUUUUCAACGCCAGGGUGUAUACUUUGGGCUUGCCAAGAACGGCAGAGUCUUGAUUGGUGACGAGAUGGGUCUGGGUAAAACCCUUCAAGCACUUGCUAUUGCAGCCUUUUAUAACAAUGAUUGGCCGCUUCUAAUCAUAUGCCCCUCUUCACUCAGAUUCCAGUGGAUGGAUCAAUGCCUCACAUGGCUGCCGCACCUCGUGGAUGAGUACCAAAUUCUCAUGGUUAUGUCUUCCAAGCCCUUUACAACUACCGAGAGUAAGCGUAAAAAGAGCAAAAAUCUGUUUGAUUUUGAUGAUUUCGAUACUUACUAUGCCUACAAUAAUAGUAAUACUACUGUAAAAACUAAAACUAAGAGUAAGGGCAUGGAUCUUGAAUUGUUGGACAUGUAUAAAGUAGUAAUAAUAUCAUAUGACCUGAUGGUGAGAAUAAAGGAGUUGAAGGAGUUUAAGGUCGUGAUAUGUGACGAAUCGCAUUACUUGAAGAAUAAGGCUUCUCAGAGGUCAAAGAGGGUUGUUCCAGUGUUGAAAUCCGCAAAACGUGUUAUUUUACUCAGUGGAACACCAGCUUUAAACUUUCCUAGUGAACUUUUUGAACAGAUCUCGUCUAUAAUUCCGGGGUUUUCUAGCAGUCACCUGUUCAUUGACAGAUACUGCAAGAAGAGGACAAACUGGUUCACCAAACGCAUUGAAUACGUUGAUUCAAAACAUACCAACGAAUUACACUUGUUUUUAAUCAGCACCGUGAUGAUAAGAAGACUUAAGAAUGAUGUGUUAACUCAGCUACCGCCUAAAAUUAGGUCCAAAAUACCCAUUGAAAUUCCUGAAAAACUUGUUAAAACUACUAAAGUCAUGCUUGAAAAGUUCUCCUCUCUUAAAAGUAACGCACUUUUUAAUAAUUUAGAUAGUGAUAGUGGCUCAACUCCGGACUCUGAACUUGGUAGUAAACGUCCAAAGAUAAAGAUAGGCCCUGGUAAAGAUAGGAUAGAGAAUUACUACAAUGUGGUCAUGGAGCAUUUGAAUAGUUUUGGUGAUGGCGAUGAGAUGGGCUAUAAAGAAGGCGAUGUUAAGAGGGCUCACAUGUCACUGAUGGCAAAGCUGUUUCAACUUACAGGUGAGAGUAAAACUAAGGGAGUGUGUAAGUAUAUUGAAGAAAUACUGGAAAAUCAAAACAAGUUUAUUAUAUUCGCACAUCACAUGUUCAUGAUGGAUGCCAUUGAAGAUACUUUAAGGAGCAAGAAAGUUGGAUAUAUUCGCAUUGAUGGCUCUACUAAAAUGAACGAUCGUGCCAAACUUGUAAACCUCUUUCAAAAUACGAAUGAAUCAACGAAACACGAAGGUAAGGUGGAUAAAGUGGAAGAUGAAGAUUCUCCGGACUACACUGUCAGAGUGGCUUUGUUAAGUCUGACUAGUUGUGGAGUUGGUUUGAAUUUGACGAGUUCAUCAACUGUCAUAUUCGCCGAGCUUUACUGGGUUCCAGGUGUUCUUUUGCAGGCUGAGGACCGGGUUCAUAGGAUCGGUACAAAAUUCAACAAGAUCAACAUAAACUACUUGAUAGCUCAAAACUCUGUUGAAGAAGUUAUGUGGAAAGUCAUUAACAAAAAGUAUAAAACUGUAACCUCUACAUUGGACGGUGAAACUGGAACACUGUCUCUGCUCACCAAUAACAAGAAGAAAAACUAUGAACAAACUACUCUGGAUCUACAACCUAAGAAAUAA